GACCGUUCAGCCUAAGAUCGAACCGGUUCCUGUGACUGUGAAGACGUCGAAUGUCGCUAUGCAGACCAGUAAGUUCUCAAGUCUCUGUCAGACAACCAGUGAAGUAGUGACACAUGUGACACCGGCACCCUACGUCGAGUCAUCACUAUCCAUGGCCAUGAAGGUCGAGAAGCCAGUCACUCAGGACGUUGGAAUGCAGUUCGGAAUGCGUGUGGCCACGCGUGUCAUGAGCUCUGGCUACCAGGUGCAACAGACCAGCAGCCACACACUGACGGAAGCAGUGGGAGUAGCAGAACGAGAAGUACAGGUGACUCAAACCGAACGACCAGUUGUGACCAGUGUGGAUCACAGAGAAAUGAAGACAGUGAAACCUGAUCAUAUGAUGUCAGUGAGUACCUCCUACGCAGAACCGCCUGUCAAACAGCCACCACCACGCCAACUGACUGACACUGCCACACAGGCGACCUCCGUUACCACACACGUCACGGAAUCCAGUGAGCAUGUGAUUGUCUCUAAACCCACCGUUCAAGUCCAAGCACCUCUCGUCACCGAGACCGCCUCAUUGGAGUUACCCACACCUGAACCUGUUCGCAAAACAUCACUAGUGGAAGCCACACAGUUCGUGAAACGUUCCACAGUCGACCAACAAAUCGACACAGUACCAGUCUCCUCGUCCGACGUGGGUGCACAGACUGAGCCACACAAAUCUCUACUCGACGGUGCUGCCCAUUUGUCGUUGAAACGCACCGAUGCGACGUCACAAGCCAAACCUGUCCAAUUGUGCAUGGUGGAUUCUUGGAGUGAGAUACAUGCACCAGUGAAACCAGAGACACCAGUUGUUCCGGUCCACGAACCACCGAAACGCAUCCAAACAUUGGAAGCCUGUGUGCAGACGGUGAAGGAAAGUGUGUGUGUUGUGGAUAGUGCGACCAGUGUGUUAAUGAAGUCGCCGGAAAGUGUGCUUGAUUCGGCUGCAGCUUUCGUGAAGAGACCGAGUGUGAAUGCUGAAGUGCAAGUGGAUAGGGUGAGCACACCGGUCGUCAGUCUGACCACACACAAGUUAGAACCGAAAAUGGUCGAGAGGAGUCUGUGUACCAGCUGUGGACAUCGGUACGUGAAUACCGAAGAGAUGGCUUGUCAGACCGUUCAGCCUAAGAUCGAACCGGUUCCUGUGACUGUGAAGACGUCGAAUGUCGCUAUGCAGACCAGUAAGUUCUCAAGUCUCUGUCAGACAUCCAGUGAAUUAGUGCCACAUGCGACACCGGCACCCUACGUCGAGUCAUCACUAUCCAUGGCCAUGAAGGUCGAGAAGCCAGUCACUCAGGACGUUGGAAUGCAGUUCGGAAUGCGUGUGGCCACGCGUGUCAUGAGCUCUGGCUACCAGGUGCAACAGACCAGCAGCCACACACUGACGGAAGCAGUGGGAGUAGCAGAACGAGAAGUACAGGUGACUCAAACCGAACGACCAGUUGUGACCAGUGUGGAUCACAGAGAAAUGAAGACAGUGAAACCUGAUCAUAUGAUGUCAGUGAGUACCUCCUACGCAGAACCGCCUGUCAAACAGCCACCACCACGCCAACUGACUGACACUGCCACACAGGCGACCUCCGUUACCACACACGUCACGGAAUCCAGUGAGCAUGUGAUUGUCUCUAAACCCACCGUUCAAGUCCAAGCACCUCUCGUCACCGAGACCGCCUCAUUGGAGUUACCCACACCUGAACCUGUUCGCAAAACAUCACUAGUGGAAGCCACACAGUUCGUGAAACGUUCCACAGUCGACCAACAAAUCGACACAAUACCAGUCUCCUCGUCCGACGUGGGUGCACAGACUGAGCCACACAAAUCUCUACUCGACGGUGCUGCCCAUUUGUCGUUGAAACGCACCGAUGCGACGUCACAAGCCAAACCUGUCCAAUUGUGCAUGGUGGAUUCUUGGAGUGUGAUACAUGCACCAGUGAAACCAGAGACACCAGUUGUUCCGGUCCACGAACCACCGAAACGCAUCCAAACAUUGGAAGCCUGUGUGCAGACGGUGAAGGAAAGUGUGUGUGUUGUGGAUAGUGCGACCAGUGUGUUAAUGAAGUCGCCGGAAAGUGUGCUUGAUUCGGCUGCAGCUUUCGUGAAGAGACCGAGUGUGAAUGCUGAAGUGCAAGUGGAUAGGGUGAGCACACCGGUCGUCAGUCUGACCACACACAAGUUAGAACCGAAAAUGGUCGAGAGGAGUCUGUGUACCAGCUGUGGACAUCGGUACGUGAAUACCGAAGAGAUGGCUUGUCAGACCGUUCAGCCUAAGAUCGAACCGGUUCCUGUGACUGUGAAGACGUCGAAUGUCGCUAUGCAGACCAGUAAGUUCUCAAGUCUCUGUCAGACAUCCAGUGAAUUAGUGACACAUGUGACACCGGCACCCUACGUCGAGUCAUCACUAUCCAUGGCCAUGAAGGUCGAGAAGCCAGUCACUCAGGACGUUGGAAUGCAGUUCGGAAUGCGUGUGGCCACGCGUGUCAUGAGCUCUGGCUACCAGGUGCAACAGACCAGCAGCCACACACUGACGGAAGCAGUGGGAGUAGCAGAACGAGAAGUACAGGUGACUCAAACCGAACGACCAGUUGUGACCAGUGUGGAUCACAGAGAAAUGAAGACAGUGAAACCUGAUCAUAUGAUGUCAGUGAGUACCUCCUACGCAGAACCGCCUGUCAAACAGCCACCACCACGCCAACUGACUGACACUGCCACACAGGCGACCUCCGUUACCACACACGUCACGGAAUCCAGUGAGCAUGUGAUUGUCUCUAAACCCACCGUUCAAGUCCAAGCACCUCUCGUCACCGAGACCGCCUCAUUGGAGUUACCCACACCUGAACCUGUUCGCAAAACAUCACUAGUGGAAGCCACACAGUUCGUGAAACGUUCCACAGUCGACCAACAAAUCGACACAGUACCAGUCUCCUCGUCCGACGUGGGUGCACAGACUGAGCCACACAAAUCUCUACUCGACGGUGCUGCCCAUUUGUCGUUGAAACGCACCGAUGCGACGUCACAAGCCAAACCUGUCCAAUUGUGCAUGGUGGAUUCUUGGAGUGAGAUACAUGCACCAGUGAAACCAGAGACACCAGUUGUUCCGGUCCACGAACCACCGAAACGCAUCCAAACAUUGGAAGCCUGUGUGCAGACGGUGAAGGAAAGUGUGUGUGUUGUGGAUAGUGCGACCAGUGUGUUAAUGAAGUCGCCGGAAAGUGUGCUUGAUUCGGCUGCAGCUUUCGUGAAGAGACCGAGUGUGAAUGCUGAAGUGCAAGUGGAUAGGGUGAGCACACCGGUCGUCAGUCUGACCACACACAAGUUAGAACCGAAAAUGGUCGAGAGGAGUCUGUGUACCAGCUGUGGACAUCGGUACGUGAAUACCGAAGAGAUGGCUUGUCAGACCGUUCAGCCUAAGAUCGAACCGGUUCCUGUGACUGUGAAGACGUCGAAUGUCGCUAUGCAGACCAGUAAGUUCUCAAGUCUCUGUCAGACAUCCAGUGAAUUAGUGACACAUGCGACACCGGCACCCUACGUCGAGUCAUCACUAUCCAUGGCCAUGAAGGUCGAGAAGCCAGUCACUCAGGACGUUGGAAUGCAGUUCGGAAUGCGUGUGGCCACGCGUGUCAUGAGCUCUGGCUACCAGGUGCAACAGACCAGCAGCCACACACUGACGGAAGCAGUGGGAGUAGCAGAACGAGAAGUACAGGUGACUCAAACCGAACGACCAGUUGUGACCAGUGUGGAUCACAGAGAAAUGAAGACAGUGAAACCUGAUCAUAUGAUGUCAGUGAGUACCUCCUACGCAGAACCGCCUGUCAAACAGCCACCACCACGCCAACUGACUGACACUGCCACACAGGCGACCUCCGUUACCACACACGUCACGGAAUCCAGUGAGCAUGUGAUUGUCUCUAAACCCACCGUUCAAGUCCAAGCACCUCUCGUCACCGAGACCGCCUCAUUGGAGUUACCCACACCUGAACCUGUUCGCAAAACAUCACUAGUGGAAGCCACACAGUUCGUGAAACGUUCCACAGUCGACCAACAAAUCGACACAGUACCAGUCUCCUCGUCCGACGUGGGUGCACAGACUGAGCCACACAAAUCUCUACUCGACGGUGCUGCCCAUUUGUCGUUGAAACGCACCGAUGCGACGUCACAAGCCAAACCUGUCCAAUUGUGCAUGGUGGAUUCUUGGAGUGUGAUACAUGCACCAGUGAAACCAGAGACACCAGUUGUUCCGGUCCACGAACCACCGAAACGCAUCCAAACAUUGGAAGCCUGUGUGCAGACGGUGAAGGAAAGUGUGUGUGUUGUGGAUAGUGCGACCAGUGUGUUAAUGAAGUCGCCGGAAAGUGUGCUUGAUUCGGCUGCAGCUUUCGUGAAGAGACCGAGUGUGAAUGCUGAAGUGCAAGUGGAUAGGGUGAGCACACCGGUCGUCAGUCUGACCACACACAAGUUAGAACCGAAAAUGGUCGAGAGGAGUCUGUGUACCAGCUGUGGACAUCGGUACGUGAAUACCGAAGAGAUGGCUUGUCAGACCGUUCAGCCUAAGAUCGAACCGGCUCCUGUGACUGUGAAGACGUCGAAUGUCGCUAUGCAGACCAGUAAGUUCUCAAGUCUCUGUCAGACAUCCAGUGAAUUAGUGCCACAUGCGACACCGGCACCCUACGUCGAGUCAUCACUAUCCAUGGCCAUGAAGGUCGAGAAGCCAGUCACUCAGGACGUUGGAAUGCAGUUCGGAAUGCGUGUGGCCACGCGUGUCAUGAGCUCUGGCUACCAGGUGCAACAGACCAGCAGCCACACACUGACGGAAGCAGUGGGAGUAGCAGAACGAGAAGUACAGGUGACUCAAACCGAACGACCAGUUGUGACCAGUGUGGAUCACAGAGAAAUGAAGACAGUGAAACCUGAUCAUAUGAUGUCAGUGAGUACCUCCUACGCAGAACCGCCUGUCAAACAGCCACCACCACGCCAACUGACUGACACUGCCACACAGGCGACCUCCGUUACCACACACGUCACGGAAUCCAGUGAGCAUGUGAUUGUCUCUAAACCCACCGUUCAAGUCCAAGCACCUCUCGUCACCGAGACCGCCUCAUUGGAGUUACCCACACCUGAACCUGUUCGCAAAACAUCACUAGUGGAAGCCACACAGUUCGUGAAACGUUCCACAGUCGACCAACAAAUCGACACAGUACCAGUCUCCUCGUCCGACGUGGGUGCACAGACUGAGCCACACAAAUCUCUACUCGACGGUGCUGCCCAUUUGUCGUUGAAACGCACCGAUGCGACGUCACAAGCCAAACCUGUCCAAUUGUGCAUGGUGGAUUCUUGGAGUGAGAUACAUGCACCAGUGAAACCAGAGACACCAGUUGUUCCGGUCCACGAACCACCGAAACGCAUCCAAACAUUGGAAGCCUGUGUGCAGACGGUGAAGGAAAGUGUGUGUGUUGUGGACAGUUGUACUGGUGUGGUGAAUAAAUCGGUUAAAUUUUCACCGGCUUCUACGAAUGAUGUUUUUGAUUCGAUGCCUUCCUCUUCUUUUGAUAUUUCUGUUUCUGCUACACCUUCGCUGUCUGAUUGUUGGUCUCAAUGUAAUUUGUCAUCUAUUUUAAGACAUCUGAUUGUUGAUAGUUUCGUGAAUUUUAAUCUGCCUGAAUCCGUAUCAUCUCCACUUGUUGAUUCUUGUUGUAUAAUGGUCUUUGGUUGCUCCUCUGUAGGAACUUUAACUGAGCCAUUAAAGCCUGUUCCUCGUGAGCUGAAAAGUCCGAACUUAAUUGACGCGUCUGUAUUCUUCCUUGUUGAUCCUGAUUAUUUGUCUUCAACAAUUCAGGACGAAGAUGUCCCUCUUGACUCUGGAGACCUUGAAUGGGAGUUAGUUGACGAUAAUUUGAAAGAACUACACCGUUGUUUGGUGAAUAGUUGUGUGCAAACUGAAGAGUCAAAUAUUUAUAGGCCUAAUUCUCAAAGAGAACACCCUCCUUCCCUACCUGUUAGCCAAUUGCCUACCGUCAACAGGAAAAACUUUUCAGUCCAGUAUAUUUAUGAGCCUGCUCAAGAAAAUGCAUGCUGUCAAACCCAACCCAUGACCUCUGAUAAAAUUCAAAAACAGAUCAUUAUCGAUAAUCUAGAUGCUGAAACCAUGACUGAAGAUAUAGAGUCAAAUGUUGCCGUCUUACUUCAAAACGUAAGUUCUACUGACAUCAGAGAACGUUUAAUUGAACGUUAUUACUAUUCUGCACCAUGCAGUGCCAUGCUUGUGACUGAUGCUGAAGUUCAAGUCAACCUGACUGGUUCAGUUUAUAAAGGACACUCAAAAGAAUUCUACGUAAAAGACAUUUCUACAGACUAUAUUGUUGAGCGUCAUAUGGAAAAUGAAAAUAUAAUACUAGAAGAAUCGAGUGGACAUGAUGACAGUGAACAAACUGUGUCAGGCACAUCAUAUUCGCGAUACAUGAAGCGCUUGCUUCAUGAAAGUGGUGUAACUGAAGUUUGGGAAAAAUGUCCCCCAACGCAUUCUGUCUUUGAUUAUUAUCAAAACCGUCGUGAGUUUGGGUCGGUACGUGAGCAGGCCUCUAUGGCCAUGGAAGAGCCCGUUACAGCAGCAGAUGUUGGCAUUCAAAUUGUAUUCGAUUCAUUUUCACAUAGUUCACCGUCUGAAUCCGAAAUAUCAAGAUCUGAAUCCCCGCUUAGUGGAUCAAGUUACACUUAUGAAGCAUAUUUGAUGCGCUCCAGACUAGGACAAGUAUGUGAAGUCCAGUGUCAAUUCUGUCCUACACAUAUACCAACAGCGUCCCAAACGGAUCAUUACGGAAUUUCUAUGCAGACUGAAAGACAUGACAAAUUAAAAGAGGAUAUUUUUGAAAUUUAUCAAAGAAGACUCAUAAAAGAUCAAAUUGCAGAAGCAUGGACUCAAGUUGAACAAGAUUUGUACACAGAAUCUCGAAUGGAAGAAGUUAGUGAACCUAUCGACGUAAUCGAAGAACGUAUUUUGGAGAUAACGGAGAAGAAAAGUAAAAAAGUUUAUAGUCAAAUAAAAAUUACGGAGGAAUUCACAGAAGAGGAGGAUUUGAUUGUUUGUGAAUUGGGUGUGCAAACAGAUCCGUUCUAUGAUCAGCAAUACUUUAUCAAAGCAAAACAAAGUCAUUCUUCAAUAGAUUUUCGUGAAGAAAGUCCUAGACGUUUAAUUACUACGGGUAUUCAGACAUCAGUAAUUCACCUGGCCAGUAUUAUCUCUUCAGGUGACAUAGCAUGGGCUGAUGAGGAUCUGUGUGAAGUAAUUAAGGCAGGCAUCAGAUUGCUUGGAUCUGAUGAGCAUAAGAGUGAAGAUAUAUCUGUGUCAAAAUAUGCGUCUCACCAACUAAAUAUUUGCGCUAGAUUACCAACUGAUUCUAAUGAAAAGGUGCUUAUUAGUAGCGGCACACAAGUAAUUCCUAUGGAAUCAGAUCUCGAGAAAAAGUUCCAGAAGGAAUGGCAAUCAGAACCCAUCUCUUUCCAUGAAUCUGCAGAACCCUUCCAAUCUGAUGAUAUUGUAGGAAAAGUUGGAACGCUUACAGAAGAAGCCCACCACAUGUCGAAAAUUUUAGUUCAACUACGUCAACGAACAUUACAGUAUGAAUUAUUCGAAUCACAAUAUUCAACAUCAUGUAUACAAUGGAAUAAUAUCCGUGAAGUGGCCAGUCCAAGAACAGGAUUAUUUGCACCAGUUGCAAUGGCAAUAAGAAGAGGAUGGAUUCGACUUGGUGAAACCAAUGAAUAUGUGGAUCCAAUGACCGGAGUUGCUAUUCCACUAGAAACGGCUUAUCAACAAGGACGUAUACGAUUAACUAGUUCAUCAAGUCAUUAUGAUAGAAAUGUUAUAACAAAUACACCUGUAUUACUAUUAAUUGAACGAGUAUACUUUAGUUGGUGCAAAGCCUAUUUAACAAGCGUUGUUAAUACGGCUACAGGAGAAGUACUAUCACCCAAUUUAGCAAUAGCAAAUGGUAUACUUGAAACAACGGAAGAUGAAAUACGCCUAUUAGAUAGUUUAACAAAUACAUGGAUUACUAUAGAAGAAGGUGCUGGUAGACAAAUAAUACAAUUAGAACCAUCAACUCCCACAACAGAAUCUAUGGAAGAUGAAUUAGAUGAGCCAGUUAGCUGUAAAGUUUAUCAACUCACUCAUGUUUGUCCUGGUGGUGAACCAUCUCCUUGGUUAGGUCCAUUAGAAGCUGUACGUUUGGGAUUAUUAAAUUGGGAAACUGGUGAAGUUGCUGCUGAUUGGCCAGCAAGACCAAUGUUACGUAGUAUGAAUUCUACAGGGCAUUUAUCAUCGGAAGAUUUUAUUCCAACUAAAUGGUGUAGUUUUCUAACUGCAAAACAAGCUGGUUGGUUAAGAUUUAUUGAAGAAAUAGAACCACAACGGUAUAUAACAACAUCAGGUACGCCAAAUAAAGAGCCAGGAUCACUUCUAUUAUCAACACAAGUAAAUCUUUUAGCUCCAUCUCAAGUAUCAUUAAAUUAUGAACAAGAUGAUAUUGAAGAAAAUUAUCCUCAUCGACCUAAUCAAUAUCAUCAUGAAUUCAAUAUACCAAGAACUAGAUCAGAUGAUGUUUUUACAACUAGAAAUAUAAGUACAUCUAACUUAUAUCAUCCAAUUAAUGUAUUACCUGAUACUAGAAGUGUAUCAUGUACUCGAAUUGAUAUAACAUCACCAUUAUAUAAUGAUUAUAAAUUAAUUCCAUCACAAGUAAGACAUGAAAAUGAUGAACAUUCAUGGACAAGUGAAACACAAAUAUGGGAAGAAUAUCAAGAGACUUCAUCAAGAACCAUUUCACCUGAUAAUGCAAGACGUCAUCAAUAAAUGUUUAUUUUUUAUUUUGAUAAUAAAUAAGUAAAUCAAAGGAGAAAUCUACACUCUUUUAAUAUGUUACAAUCAUGUUUUAAAAAGAAAAAGAAAAAUAGACACAUUCCAGUACAUUUCCAUCAUCACCAACACUUCUAUGCCCUUUUAGUGAUUAUGAAACCUUUUAUUAUUUGUUAUUGUGUUUUUUUUUAUGUAAAAGAAAAUAAAAUAUUAAUUGAACAAUGGAAUAAAAUAAGACAUUAGUAAAACAAAUCUGUUUAUACAUAGAAAUUGUAACUAAAGCAAACAAUACUACUACUACUACUGCUACUACUAUUAUUAUUAUUGCUACUACUAGCUAUUAUUGCUGCUAAUACUAGUUAAUCAGAAAACAUUUAAAUAACUAACUCAUUUAUGCACAUUCAAAUUGUGAUUCUCUUCUUGUUUUUUUUUUGUUUGUUUGUUCAUUUGUUUUGUUUUUUUUUGGAUCGUUUUUGUUUUCACACUUUCGUUUUCAUUUAUCUGGGUACAUGUAUAACUACACAUAUCUAUACACACACAUACACCCACACACACACAGAAAUACACAUUCAUAAAUAUAAAUGAGCACAAUGUACUUUCGUAUAAGAAAGAUUUUGUGUUACUUUUUCGUUUUGUAUUAAUAGUAUAUAAGUAUAAAUGGCUAUUUACUCUA